GAGGUGCGCAGUUGCAUCGGGAGAGAAACCGCUGCUCGGAGAUCCGAGCCGCAAUCCAGCCAGGCCGGAAGCCCCAGUCCCACUGGCCUCUGCUUUCACAGACUGAAGCAGUCUACUACUGCACAGCCUCAGAUGGAGAUAUUCCACUCUAGCCACACUAAUCUCAGAUUCUGAUUUUAAAUGGGCGUCGCACUUGCACCUUCUGUCCCAGAGUUUUGUGAUUUUAGAAUUUAUUGUUAUGCAAGGAUUUAACACACCAAUUACGGCAGUUUGUUGCAAAUUCCGAGAAGAGGGGCAUUGCCGGGAGAGAGCGGGAAUCAUGUACAACCGCUUCGGGCUGAGGUGCACUCCCAGCCGGCCAACUCAACCGCGGAGGUCGGCCUUCCUUCGUACGACCAGACCCAAAAGAUGAUCGGGAGCUGCGCUUUUGGCUGGAGAAGCCUGCGAUCGACUGGAUGCAACACAUAGACAGCGAAGGGAAAGGAUUAUUUUAUGGGUUUGCAUCGGAUUUCCAUUACCUUCCCCGUCCGGAUUUCGGAUUACUAAACAUUCCCGCGGAAUGGAAGGACGGGAUUUUGCUGCUCCGGCGCACCUCCUUUCGGAGCGGGGCGCCCUGGUGCACCGAGCCGCCUCUCGGAUCGAUCCCUCGGGCCACAGCUCCGUUCAGCACGCGGGUCACUUCCCACCAGGGAAGUACUACCCGUCACACAUACCGAUGGCUCCCCACUCAGGCAGUGGAUUGAUGGGCAACUCAUCGGCCUCUUUCAUGGGGACCUUCCUGGCCGGUAGUUUGGGUUCCCCGCCGUCUCACCCGCCUCACCCCUCCCGACCGCCUUCCUCCCCCUCUUCGCCCUCCUUCCGAGGUGGACCUCACUCCAGCGCCUCGCAGAUCUGGUUUCCCCAUUCCCAUGAAGGUCCAGGAUAUCCUCGAUUUUCAGGGAGUCUGGCCCACACUUUUCUUCCAAUGAGUCACUUAGAUCACCAUGCCAAUAGUGGUGUUCUGUAUGGACAGCACCGUUUCUAUGACACACAAAAAGAAAACUUUUAUCUGCGGGGUCUCCCAUCCCAGCCGUCGCUCAUCUCAGCCAAUCACAGCCUCCCAUCAAUGUCUAGGACAGGUCCAGGACACUCUCAGGGGUCCUGCAACAGGGACAGAGAUCAAGGUAUAGGGACAAGUAUACAUAAAGGUCUUAAGGAUGGAACUGUGGAGAGAGGAGUGGUACCUGUCAAGGACAAAGAAAGAUCCAGUGGCAAACAAGAUGCUAAAGAACAGCGUCAACAACAGCAGCACCAGAACCACCAGACAUCCCAGACCACACACCACCACCAUUCUCACACCCAUCAACAUCAGCCUCACUAUCCACAUCACCCCCUGCCUCUAGAGGAGGUCAAUAGUCGACCCCUGGAGAGACACAAAGCUUCACUCACAAUAGAGUACACUAAAGAUCACCAUCAGAAUAUGAGCAAGCCCCUUAGUGCAUGCUUACAUAAUGGCAAAAUGCCAAAUGGAGAUCCAGGAACUGCAACAGGGUCGAAAGUCUCCUUGCCAAGCUGUGGUGGAGAAGGUACAGCCCUUCGAUCUAUGGGGGAUGGGGGUAGCAGCCAGGGCAGACAUAUAGGGUCCAAUAACAAUGGUCGCUGCACCAAAGAAGGGGUAAGUGGUGAGAUGAGGAUAAGUGAACAGCCUUCUGAUUGUCUGGAAAGGGGUCAGGCACCACUUCACCACUCUCUGCCCUACGUACCCCCACCCUUACACAUGGGCUCUGCUGCCGGAGGCGCACAUAGUCAUCCCCAUCCUCAUGCUCACCCCCAUUCACAUCCUCACCCAGGGGGCUUUCAUUGCCUUCAGCUCCACCCUAGCCAUCCACACCACCCGCAUCAUUCCCACCAUACACACCACCAUCCAGAUUUUUUCUGUCCGCCCCCACCCGCUCCUUUGGCCAACCCUGCCUCACAAGAAAGGGGAACAAUCAAUGUAGGACGGGAGCCUAAAGUUACAGGGCCAACAUUUAUACCAUCUGUGGUAGAUCUAGGGGACAAAUUGAAUGGACCUUUCCAGCUUGGUAACCCUGAUUGCCAUGGUGUGGGAAAUGGAGGAGGUAGCAGUUCCAAGGACAAAGCAAUAGAAAAGAGUGGCAGUGGGCACCAUAGUAACUGGCAGAGAAAACAACAACAGCAACAUCCAUACAGAAAGACAGAGAAGUCUCUAGACUGGAUGCAGUCCCACCAUCAACAUGUUCAGCCCUCACAGCUUCCUCUGCAACCUCAACAACAACAACAAAAACCGCCCCAUUCUCAACAACAGCACCAAGUUGUACGAUCAAGGAGCGCAGAGUGCAUCAACAGUUCAGUGGAUAUGGAUGUGUUCAGACCUUCACUUUCCCAGGGACCAAAGGCAGGGCAUUCUGUCCCUCAUUCUGUUAACUCUUCUCCUUACAGAGACUGUUCCCAUCUGGGACCUCCACCUAAUUCUUCCCCACUUGGAAACAAAAACAUGGCGCAACAUGCAAGUGCUGGAGCAGCGAGUGCUUCUGGAGGUAGCUGCUCCUUACAGAGAGAAGGCCAAAAGGUAGCUAGGAUUCGUCACCAGCAGCAUAGCAGACCUGGCCCAGACACUCCUUCUCCAGCUGAGCUUAACCAGAAUAACAAUCAGGAGCUUAAAAGAAAAAUAGACAUGUCUCCUUAUGGUUAUAACAACAGCAGUGGGCAACACCAUCACCAGCAACCUCCAGUACCUCCCUGGGGUAUGAGGCCUUCCCAUCACAUCUCACAACCUGAGGAGGAGCAGAGGAGGUCCUACAUGGAGUUAGGAGGCUCUACUGGGCAACACCCACAACGACAGCAACAGCAACAACAGCAAGGAAUAGGCCUCUCCACUUCCCAGCCCCCAACUGCACCCACUCUUGGUCAGCAACAGCUGCAGCAGCAACCAGACCCCCAAGGUCUAACUCAGGUUGAAAGCAGUGCUAUGAAGAGCCUGCUGAAGUACAGCAACCAGCAACAGCCAUUGCUUCUUUCUCAGAAGAGUCCAUUUGGGGGGCUGGGAAGUCUCAAAUCGGGCCCAUCGGGGGGCAGCUGUGCCCUGCAGGGCAACAAGCAGACUCUCCCUUCCAGGAAGGGCCCGACUGAUGGCGAGCGCUCCGAUUAUAGUGGACGGAGCCGAGAAAUGGGGGAGGCAGCUCAUGGGGAAAACGAGGUGCGGCAGCCACCGGUGGGAAUUGCAGUGGCAGUAGCCCGACAAAGGGAGCCACCAUGCCGUUCAGGAGAUGGUAACCCCAACAGCCGGCAGGGAAGAGUACAUAACUCUGUGAAAGGACUGCCCCGCUCCAUGUAUCCCUCGGAUCACAAUGAGCAGGAAAGGAAAAGGAUAAGUGAAGAACAAAUGGGUCUCACUUGCCUGGAUAGAGAGAGAGAUGCAUACAUCAGGGAUAAUAAAGGACGUGUGGAAUUUGCAAGGAUCCACCCAUCCUCCAGCUGCCAUGGAGACCUGACCUCUCAUCUCAUGGUCCCUGGCGGGACUCCCCUCCAGUCUAGCCAGUUAGGAGACCCUGCUGCACAUUCUGCUCACCAUCAUUGGAUGCCAAGAACAGGAAGUCCAUCCCUCUGGAUGACAGGACACUCCUAUGCAGGUAUAGGUCAUACACCCUUGCAUCAGAACCUGCCUCCAGGUUUUUCUUCAGCCAUGCCAGGCCCACUGCAGCCAGUCCUUCCUCUGCCACAGGACCCUUCGGGCCAGUUAGUGGUCCUGCCCUCUGAGCCUCCUGCCCAUCCGGCACCUCAUCACCUGGAUGUGAUCGAGCAGCAAGGGCUGUGGCCCCCUGUGUAUGGCGCGCGGGGACCACCCUCCCAUAUGCAACAUCCUGCUGUGUACUCUCGAUCUCAGUUUCUACGGCAACAGGAGCUGUAUGCCUUCCAGCAGCACCAGCAGCUCCAGCAUCAGCACCAGAGUCACCAGUCGCAGCAGCUGCAGCUACCGUCUCAGCCUCAGCAGCAGCACAAAGCUGCACACAACAUGCAGCAUCAAGCCACGCACAAUGAACAGAUAAACAAGAGACCUGACGAGCCACCAGAUGAACUAGAAGAACUGAUUACAGAGCCAAGAUCGUCUAAGCCUACAAAGAGCUACUCUUAUAACCCCCCACAGAGAAGCACCUCACCCCCAGGGGCCUGUGCCACUCACUUGUCCCCUUGUUACCAGUCCCCCUCACUGCCCCAACAUCCCAGAAGCACCCCUUCUACACCCUGCCCAGCUCCCAGCCCGAUGGCGGCCACCCCUCACUCUCCUGUAAUCAGUCCUGCACCGCCUCAGAUGCUCAAGGAUCCUGAAUCCCAAGAAAAGAGAAGUGAGGGACAGGCCCCUCAAGAUUACCCAGAUUCUCUGGAGCCUGAUUUGCCACCUGGAUAUACGUACCCAGCUAUUGCCCUGGGCUACAGAAAUGGAACAUCCCCGCAGAAUGUUCGCCUGGCUGAGCCGGCCGACCUAGAAGCGGUGCAAGCGGAACCUACUGAGCAUGCUCCCCAGUCUCUUACUAGUAUAGGGGAGGAGUUAGACUGCCAAGUCUCAGUCAUACCCCUUGCAGAACCACUCCCACUCAAGGAAGUGGAGCCAGAAGAGGAGGAAAGUGUGAAUGAGAGAGCUCUAGAACUAAGGGAGGAGGUGGAGGUCACGGCGGUAAUAGCAGCCAACUAUGUGUCUGAAGAGGAGGGAGCAGAUGAACAGGGUUCAGCUGAGGCAGAUGUGCUGGCUUGCCCCCCUGCUGUGAGUUCAGUGUGUGAGACGGCUUCCUGUCCAGUUCCCCUCAUGACAGAGCAGACUAGUGGGCUGGAGGCUGUCAUUACUUUAGAAGAUGAUGAUAAGGCAGGUGGUGAGGAGAGUCAGGUGAUACGAGAUCAAAAGGUCAACCUGCAUGCAGAGCAGGAACCAGAACUGCCUGCCAUCAUAGAGCUUGACCCUGCUUCCCCUGCUGCUUAUGAGUCGCCAUGCCCGCAGCCAGAGGUAGCAAGGGAGAGUGAGCAUGAGAACAAGAUGACCCCAGAAGAUGCCUCGGUAGAAUUUCUGUGUCCUUCACCUGCCUCAUCUUCUUCCUGCCGCCCUAGCGAAGAAACAGUUGCUGUGCACUACAAACCUUAUGUGCCCUGCUACUGGAGUCUGGAGCUGCUGAUUGCUGCUGCUUUUUGCACAGAUGUACCCCCAUUUCCCUUGUUUGUCCAUAGCACGCCAUCAACUGUGCCAUCACAGUGCACCCCCAACCAGGGUAUGGAGCUUCUAAGUGAGCUGGCAGAUCUGGAGCUGCAGCAGAUGAAGCACAUCUGUGGGAAAACCCCAGAGGAGGAUCUGCUCAUGUUUGAUCUCCAAAGCCUUGCCACCCUGGCCACUGCCCGUGCAUUGGAGGUGGGAUCCCAGGAAAGCAGUAAAACUGGUCCAGAACAAAACUUUACAGGUCGUAGGAUCUUCAAUUUACGAAGAAAGUUCAGCUUGGUGCCUCGCAAUGAGCCGGUAUGCCCAGCUAAGGUUAGCAUGGAAACAAUGGAUGGCUCUGAGCUUGCAAUGCGUGUAAAAUUGGCUGAGAUACAGCGCCGCUACAAAGAGAAACAAAAGGAGCUGGCCAAACUUCAGAGGAAGCACGAUCAUCAGAAGGAGGAAACACCUCGUAGCCCUGCAAGACGAGGGCCUGGACGUCCAAGGAAGAGGAAACCCUCCCUAACCACGGGUCCUGUGUCCUCAAAUGAGGGCCAAAGGAAAGUCAAGUCGGCGGGGGUGGGGCUCAGCUCACCACCUGAGGACCUAGGAAGGUUUGGAGAAACUCAGAGAAGGAAGAAGAGGCUGUCUGGUCAAGGCUUUGAGCGACUCAGCAGUGCACAGCAGAUAAAAGCACAGGGGUACAGAAAAAGCAGUGUUCACAGCGUGCUCAGCUCCAAGCUGGCUGGUGAUGUGACUCAUCUCAAACAGAAGGCCCCAGCUAAAAGGAAUCUCUCAGCAACAGGCUCCAGGGACAAGAACAGCUCAAACCUCAAGCAUGCACAAAGACGUCAGGGUAGAAUCAAAGGUGAAUCCAGGCGAGAGUCAGGAGGACAAAGUGAUACAGCAGCCAGUGGUGAUAGUACUACGCAAGAAAGCUGGUCAGGACAGGUGCGCCAUGGAAGUAAGAAAGGGUCCACGCAGGCACAAGGUUCCUCCUACUUUAACCAGACUCGAUCAAAGGUUCCACUUGGUCAUAGACAGGAAGCCGCAAAGGAGGAAGACAGCUCCUCAGCAGAGAGUGACUCCUCUGACCAAGAAAACGAAGAGGAGGAGGGAAGUUAUGAGACAGAUGAAGGUCAAGAUUACAGAACCCAACCUCCACGAGACAUCACUUCAUGCUCCUCCAUGAUGGGCCCCAGUCCUUCAUCUAUUGUGAAACUGGAGGCCAACCAGAAGGCCAGAAACAAAAAACAGAGGCAGGAGCUGUAUGGCUCCCAGAUUCUCUCAGUAGCAGAGAGUGAAGUCAAAGUGAAGAAGAAACCCAAUAAUAGACUGGGGAUUGUCCCUGCUGUGAAAAACCACCAACACCUGCGGCCUGAGGGAGGUAGGCGAACAUGUGGACCCAGGUCAAAGGAAUCCAGGUGGGGGAACCUCGGGACGAGAGUCCACCGCUACAGGAAGACCUUUGGAAUGGCUACCUUCCCAACAACCAGUGAGAGGCUGAAGAGGGCAACACGCAAAAACACAAUGUUGAGGGGAACAAUCAGUAAGAGGAGAAGCUGCUGGUCAGUCGGAGCAUCAUCUAUGCAGAACGACGAUAGAAGCAGAGGACAGAAAAGCAUGGACCAACAGUCAAAGGGACGAGCUGUGAGUCGCCUCCUGGAGAGCUUUGUGGCUGACGAGGGCUUUCAGAUAGAUGGCAGCAGCUUCUCAGAGGAGGAGGAGGAGCACCGCAGUCCUUCAAACAAGAGAAAUUUGAAAAUUCCUAAUUGCUUCCUGACCAAAGAACACUUAUGUGAUGGACUAAAGGUGCUGAUCUCCAAGGAGGAUGAGCUUCUAUACGCUGCCAGGGUCCACACUCUGGAGAUCCCAGACAUCUUUAGCAUUGUUAUCCAUGGUGAAAGGGGAAACCGACCCAGAAUCUAUUCAUUGGAGCAGCUGCUGAAGGAAGCUGUCUUGGAUAUACGUCCAGAGUCCGAGGCGGUGCUCACUGACGGAACCAGAGUGUGUGCUUAUUGGAGCGAACGCUCACGGUGCCUGUACCCAGGCUACGUUCGCAGAGGUGGUUCAGUUGGUGAGGGGAAACCAGGAGUAAUGGUUGAGUUUGAUGAUGGAGAUCGAGGGAAGAUUUCUCUCCCAAACAUCCGACUUCUUCCUCCAGGGUAUCAGAUUCAAUGUGGGGAGUCAUCUCCUGCCCUGCUGGUACCAAGCGGAACGUCAAACAAGAGAAGUUCCAGUCUGGAGCAGGCCCCGAUCAGUGACAGGCAACCUGACAUACUCAGCUCCACCAAUUCCAUACCGAACACCCAAAGCCUAACUGUUAUUAAAAGAAGACCUGGACGACCUAAGGGAUCAGGGAAGAAACAAAAGCAGCAGCAGGCAGAAAAUGCCAACAAAAAUUCUCCAGCUUUCCUGGGUUGGGGUUCGCUGGCUAACACUCGGAAGAGACCAGUUGACAGUCUGUUUCAGUUCAAUGGGGCACCCAGGAAGGUUUUAAGAGGAAAGGAGGACGCCUUGUUUUCUUUGCCUCAGACACAGCCCCUGGCCUCCCAACCAACCAAAGGCCUUUUCAGCAGCAGUUCCUUCGAGGUGGAUUCUUUUAGAAGCAUUGCAAAUGGUUAUUCCUCCUUCUGUACUCAGUCUGCAGGGGCAGGCCCUGGUUUAUCUCUGGUGCCCAGGAGUGGAAUGUACAAUGAGAAGCGUAGGCAAGAUGAAAUGGUUCCACCAAGGAGCAGAAAGUCUGGACAGGAGUUUCUUAUUAAAUUGGACCAUGAAGGAGUGACAUCUCCCAAGACAAAGAACAGCAAGGCACUGCUGUUGCGAAGCGAAUAUUCCAGUGUGAGUGGUAUGCCUAAAACUGAGGCGUACUCUCACCCAGUCCUGUUGGUUAAAGACAACAAGAAAGGUGGUGCCUCCAGAGUGGAACUCCUCCUAAAAGGAACUGUUCCACAAAGAAAGCCCUCUCCUUCUCUGCAGCAGGAAAAAUAUGGCGAUCUGGGGUUUAGUUCUCAUAGAGAGUGUCACCCUUCCUACUCUGACCUGGAUGACGAAGAGGAAGAGGAACAGAGGAGGCGGGCUGCACUGGCUGUAGCCACAGGAAGACUCAGGAUGCCUGGCCGUUUUCUUUCUCGUCUCUCUGUCUCCUCCUCCUCUUCUGGUUCUUCAAGUUCUUCCUCUUCAGGCUCCCUCUCCAGUUCCAGCUUGUGUUCAUCUGACAACGAUUCAUCCUACAGCUCAGACGAUGAGGAUAGUUCAACCCUGAUGCUGCAGACUUGCCUGUCGUCUCACCAGGGGCUGCUACCAUCCUCAUCUGAACCCUCCACUUCUACAAGGCCACGGCAGCGCUCCUUUGUCGCCAAGGCGGUCGCUGUUUGCAGUGCCAAAGGAAGCCCCUCUGAACAGUUGUCCAACAGCAAGUCCUUGAAGAGGAAAGAAGGCAUGACUGCAGUCUCUAAACCAACAAAGGAAUGCAUGAAGAAACCCCGGAUGCUUCCAGAUGACACUUCAUUUAUUCCAAGGCCCAAGGUAUCUGCAUUCCUCGCUGGCCGGCAGAUGUGGAGGUGGUCUGGAAAUCCUACACAGAGACGAGGAUUAAAGGGCAAGGCCCGAAAGCUUUUCUACAAGGCCAUUGUGCGAGGAAGAGAUAUCGUGAGAGUUGGUGAUUGUGCCGUUUUCCUCUCGGCUGGACGUCCUAACCUCCCAUAUGUGGGUCAAAUUGAGAAUUUCUGGGAAUCCUGGACCUCAAGAAUGGUUGUCAAAGUCAAAUGGUUUUACCACCCCGAGGAGACCAAACUAGGCAAGAGGCAUCGCGAUGGCAAGUAUGCCCUUUACCAGUCCUGUCAUGAGGAUGAGAACGAUGUCCAGACAAUUUCUCACAAGUGCCGGGUGGUGAGCAGGGAGGAAUACGAGUGUCUGACGCGCAAUCAGAAGCCGAACACUACUUAUCCAGACCUCUACUACCUGGCUGGGACGUACGAUCCCACCACGGGUCAGCUAGUCACUGUAGAAGGGGUUUCUAUCAUGUGCUGAACCGCCAUAGGGACACUACUGAAGGACAUCUUAGAAAGAAGGCUUGUGAAUAGAAAACGAUUCCAUGGGUGUGUUUGAAGGGUCCACUAACUGAAUGUCAGUCGCCAAAUCCGGAUCGUCUGCGAUUACACACUGGAGUAUGCUGGCAUCUACAAAAGUCCGGGUCUUCCUGGGGAUCACAAACUUGAAAAAGUGGUGUUUCAAUUCCAUAAUGAAUCUAUUUUUUAAAAAAAGAUCUCUCUCUUUCUCUCUCUCUCAACUGAAAACUUUAAGACUUCUACUUUUGGCUCUUAUCUAUUGUUACAGAAAGAGAGUUGUGAUCGCACUGGAUUGUGCAAAUUAACACAAGGCCCAAAUUGUCACUGUUGACUGUGUUUCAAAAGGCUGGCCUUGUCUGAGUGAAUGGAAGGAAAACGUAAGGCAUGUGCGGCGUCUUCAUGCCAUUUCAUUCCAGGGAAGCUGAAAAGAUGUAAAGGUAAAAAAGUGUGAAGUUGAAAAUGUACAUAUUUUGAAAUCUUCCCCAAUCAAGCCAUACACUUCAGUACCUCUCACCUGUCUUAACUGUUCAGGUGUACAUUGUACGGUUCAGUUAUUGUAUUGUCUCUUGUCUAUAUGUACAUAAAAGCUAUUUUAUAUAGGAGUUUAUUGUAUAUAUGAGAUGUAUCUUUCCAUGUUUGCAAUUGAUCUAUUUUUAUAUGGGUGUAGACUACAUUGCAUUGUGUUGUUACUUUCCCUUUGCUUUGGAAAGUUGGGAUUGAAGAGAUUAGUGUUGCACUGCAUAUGCCCUGCUGAGACAGACCGAGAAAGAGAGAGCACAGACGGAGACAGAAGGAUUUAAUCUGUAACGGGAGAAGACUCACUUUCUCAAAGAAAGUAAUCGUCCUGUUAAAAACAAGUGUUUUCUUUUUAAGUGUUACUAUGUUUUCAUAAAAAUCUUUCUUUUGUUUCUUAUUUAAUUCAUGCAUCAUCAUCAAAAUGCAGAUCCCACUGGACUGCCGUCACGGGUCAAAAAUGAGUGUACCAUUAUGAGAAAAUAUUUGUGUGCGAUAAGUGUUCUGGCAUCACUAUAAUCAUGUCCACACAAAUAAAUAAAUAAAACCUAGGUCUUUCAAUGAAUAUUUGUUUAUUGGGUGUUGCACUCAUCAGAGCAUAGUUUAGCACAUUAUGGCCUACAAAAUACCAAAGUGUCUUCUUAUUGAAGCACCUGGGUUACUGAAAUUCAGAUCAGAAAUCACUGGUAACAUUUAAGAAUGCUUGUCCUCCACUGUGUGCAUAUAUAUUGGCUCUGCAUCGUGACAAUGGUUUGUUGCAAAUGUACCUGCAGGUUUGUUUAGUGCAAAAAUAUGCACAAAAAAUGCGACCUCUAGGGAUGUGACAAUGAAGGUCAAAAUACUGGCAAUGGUACAUGUUGGAAGUUUGUUUGAAAUUGAUUAUUUUACUUUCAUUUGCAAUCUGUGUCUAUUUUGUACAGUCCAUACACUAUCUCAGUGCUAACUGUGAAGGACAAUCAGGUUCACAAAGCAAUGGACAAAGUAGGUUCACUCAAUCUGAAAAGUUUAUUUAAUUUGUGCCAAGUACUUUUUUUCUAUUUUUGUUUUGUCUGAUAUGCAAGCUUGAGUAUUUCUUGUUUUUGUUGAAAGUUUUAUUUUGUUUGCCAACGUUUUAUUUAUUGUCAAUUUUGCUGUUUGUUCAUGCCAAGAGAGCUUUAUGAAAAUGUAAUGUUUUUUUUUAUUUUAUUUUUAUUUUGUGGUGUGCUGUCGCAUUUCCAUUCUGGUCCUAUAGAGGCCAUCUAGUGAAAAGAAAUAAAGCAACACUGGAUUCUUCUAA